UCUGGCAGGCGGCCGGGAGCCUUAACGAGGCUUUAAAAAGCUCGUCAAGUCGAAAUAUCCCGAAAUAACCGAUCCGGCGUCGCCUUCGCCGGGAGGAGGACGAGGAAGAGGCUCCUGCUCUUCCUCCCCCGCGGGAGUUGGGGGUCGCAGGUGGGGGGGGAGGCGGCGGGUGACGGUGAAAUGGAGCUUUUCGGGAGCUUUGUCCGGCCCCACGGUGAGCCCUUGGGGUUCCCAGCAGCUCGUUCCGGGAGCGCGGGCGCGGUGAAGACUUUGGGGAACACUUAUCAGUUCACAGUGGACGUCAGCGACUUCGCCCCCGAGGACAUCGUCGUCACCACCUCCAACAACCAGAUCGAGGUGCACGCCGAGAAGCUGGCUGCGGAUGGCACCGUCAUGAACACCUUCACCCACAAAUGCCAGCUGCCCGAGGACGUGGACCCCACGUCGGUGUCGUCCUCGCUGGGGGACAACGGCACGCUGACCAUCCGUGCCCAGCGCCGGCCGGCCAAGCACUCCGAGCACGUCCAGCAAACCUUCCGGACUGAGAUCAAGAUCUGAGGGGUCCGGGGGGCUCUUCCCGCCCCCCCCUCCCCUCCCUCGUUAAUGAUUUGGGCGCUUUGGGAAGGAGGUGGGAUGUGGGGUAGGGAAUGGGAGCGCUCCCUCUGCCCUGGGGUCAGACCUGUCCUGAGCUGCAUCCCGGCACCCACCGGAGAAACUCCGGAGGGGAGUCCCACCUGCAGCAGUUUUCAGCUGGCGCGUGUUGAGGGGGAAGAUCCAGCGUGCCAAGAGUUCCCCCCGGGAGCCAGGUUCCCUUCCCAACCCUCCACCGGAGCUUGUCUUUGUAUAUACAGCUUGGGAUAAAUUAU